CAAGACGCGCAGUCGCGAUUCGUAGACGUGCGUUCAAUCCAGGCGGUCGUCGCUUGUCGCAGCUCACAACAAAAUCUUCCAAAAAUCUUCCCGAAAAAUCUCGUCCCCAGCGCGUGUGUGCCCCAGCCCCCUGAUCAGCCUGCCCAAAACGACACAAAACGAAAGUAAAAGUGACAAAAACAAAAAGCAACAAAAAUCACAACAGCAUACAAAACAAACACAAAGAGGAAGAUCGAUUUGGAGCCAUUCUAACGGUUCCCAGAGCCCCUAAAAGCUACACUGAAAAUAUAAUCAAAGAAACCCAAAUCCAGAACGGAGUUGCGUGUGCUAUACAUUUUUUUUCGAUUUAUUUUGUUUUUGUUUUUGGUGAACAUGUUAAAGGAAGAAAAAUAUAUGUAAAUAUAUCAUUUAGCACCAGCUCGAACCGACAUUGGAUACUUUUGUGAGUGGCUGUGGUUGCCAUCUUCUGUUUUUUUUUCUGUGAGUGUAUUUUCUGAGUGAAAGUGAGGCAGAGACGUCGCAGGAACGUGCCCGAUCAAUUUGUGGGCCACUGAAACUCUCACACGCACACGCGCACGCACAGACACAGACACCAUCAUCAUACCAUCUUCAGCCGAAUGGUAAUGAUGGGUCACCAGCAGACGAUGCUCGUGCUGGCCUUGCUGCUCUCGCUCCUGGCCACACCCCAGGCGGCCAUCGACAAGGACGAGGGCAAGCAGUCCUCCUCCUCAUCCGUCAGGCACAACAUCACCGGCGACCAGCACAACGUGAUCAACCUGAGCCUACACCCGGGCCUACCCACCACCAACGAACCACCAGCAGCCAUCGACCUGACACACGCCCGCCGCCUGCGUGAUGCCCUCAACGUGUUCGAUCUGACCCUGCUGGCGGAUCGUUGGAGCAGCCUGGAGUCCUCCGGCGCCCUGGGCACCAACUGCAGCAGGGACAUGCGAAGCUAUCUGAGCGCCCUCAGCGACUCCAAGAUGUGGGCUGUCAAAAUGGACGAUGCUUCCGGCCAUUAUACAUCCGGUUUCUUCUAUGGCAACAACUACUGGAUGGGUUCGUUAGCCCUUUGCGAUGCCAUUGACGAUGGCCAGACAAUGGCAGUUGCUGCCGCUGCCGGCAAGGACAACAACAGCAGCAGCAGGUCCGCCGCCUCGGAGGAUGCCGCUCACCCGAACCGAAACAGCGGCCUGCCCUUCGCUGCGGCACAUACGCAGGCCUACAGCACGGUCUACAAUGCACCGCCGCCCUUUGUGCCCGGCUUCUAUGUGAUCAAAAUGCAGCUAAAUGAGACGCAGCCCACAGAAGUUAUGCGCACCAUUUAUGUGGGCAUGUGCCUGCCCUCGAGCUGCUCCAUUCCCGACAUUCACGAGAUGAGCAGCUAUGCCCGCGUGGAGCUGCCAACGCGGGAUCUGCGCGUCCUGGACAUACGCGUGCCCACCGACAAGGAGUUUAACAUUUGGGCGGACAAGACCUUCUGCCUGCUGAUCGUUGUGUCGGGCAUUGUCAUGGCGUUGAUAUGCUGCGGCACCCUGUACGAGAUUUAUCUGAGGCGUCGCCUCAAGGAGGCGCUACGUCGCCAGGACAAGGAGAUGAUGAACAACAGCGAGACGAGCUCGGGCAUUGGGUGUGCCUCCUCCGACUACAGCGACACCAUGACCGCCCACGAUGACCCCCUGAAGCAGUCCUCGCCGCACACCUCACAGUCCAGUUCGCUGAAGCAGCUGGACCAGCUGGUGCUCAAUCUGCCGCCACCACUGACGGCCCAUGACAACGACAGCGGCAAUGGGCAUCACGAUCAUCACGUGCACGAUCACGAGCGCGAGCACGAGGAGGAUCAUCACGGGAGCGACAGCAGGAGCCAUAACAGCAACUCGGAUGAGCAUCUGGAGGGGCAUCUGCACGAGCCGGAGAAGCUCAGCAUCUACUCGGAGCUGCUGCUCUCCUUCUCGGCGAUCACGAACUUCAAUGCGAUUUGCGAUCGCAAUGUGGGCGCCGACACGAUACCCUGCAUCCAUGGCCUGCGUGCGUUCAGCAUGGCCUGGGUGAUCCUCGGCCACACGUGCAUCGUCGUCUUCAAGUACUCGGACAACAUGGAGAUGCGCAAGAAGGUCGAGCAGAAUUUCUUCUUCCAGGCGAUCACCAACGGACCGUUCAGCGUGGACACAUUCUUCUUCAUCAGCGGCUUCCUCAUCUCCUACAUCUACUUCCGCACCAAUGCCAAGGGCAAGCUGAACAAGCUGAGCAAAGGCGCCAAUGAGUUCACCGCCGGCACGGCCCACUUCUUUGGCCUUGUGGCCUAUCGCUUUAUGCGCCUCACCGCCCCCUAUCUCUUCGUGCUGGGCGUCGUGCAGGUGACCAUGAAGUACCUCGCAGCCUACUCGAUCUUCGAUCCACCCACCAUGGAUCACAUCACCUGCCCGGACUACUGGUGGCGCAACAUAUUGUACAUCAACACACUGUUUCCCGUCGAUGAGAUGUGCAUGCUCUGGAGCUGGUAUCUGGCGAAUGAUACGCAGUUCUACAUGAUCGGUGCCAUCAUUCUGAUCGUGGGCGUGCGACACUUUAAGCUGUCAGCCAUCACGACGCUGGUGUUCCUGGUGCUCUCGUGGAUCACCACGGCGGUGAUCGCGUUCACCAACAACCAUCGCCCGAACACCGACGAUCCUUUGGCGCUGUUCGACAAGAUCUACGACAAGCCAUGGACCCGUCUGGGUCCCUAUCUGAUCGGCAUGGCCGUUGGCUGGAUUUUGUUCCGCACCAACUGCAAGAUUCGUCUGCCCAAGCUGACGGUGGCCACCGCCUGGGCCCUGGCCAUGCUCAAUCUCUUUGUGCUCGUGUUCGGGCUCUAUCAGACCGACUUGUCGCAGUUCACGGCCGCCGCCUACAGCUCGCUGAGCCAUUCGGCCUGGGCGCUUUCGCUCGCCUGGAUCACCAUUGCCUGCUCCACCGGCUACGGGGGAUACAUCAACUCUCUGCUCUCAGCGCCCUGCCUCUAUCCCUUCUCGCGGGUCACCUACUGCGCCUACCUGGUCCAUCCCAUUGUCAUACGCUCGAUGGCGCUCAAUUCGGAUGCGCCGCUGCAUUUGGGCGGUGAUCUGAUGGUCGUCAUGUUCUUUGGUCUGACGGUCGCCUCCUACUUCCUGUCAUUUGUCGUCUCGAUGUCCUUCGAGGCGCCCGUUGUCACAAUGCUGAAAAUCUUGUCACCUAGUCGAAAGAAACGUCUCGCCUAAAGCCUAAAGCCUAAAGCCUAAAACCCCAAAACCUCCUCCCAUUCCCCCAAUCCGAUUAUUUAUGCGUUACUAUACAUACACCAUCCAUGUUAUCCCUCAUGUUAUCUAUUCCUUAUCCUUAUCCUCAUACAAACUUAAUCAAGCAAUGUCCCUGUACCCGACCCACAUAUUUAUAGCAUCGUUUCACACACAUACAAUACGCGACUCUCAAGUUCAGAUCGUUUUCUAUAUGCAUAUAAAUAUGUAUUUCUAGAUAUGUGUAGAUCUUUCCUUCAGUUCCAUUGAAUGUUUAUUUGCGGACAAUUCUACUCUACAUCCAUGCAUGCAUAAUAUUUUUUUGUUUUCAUACUGUGUACAUUUUAGUUCUUUAAUUUAUUCCAUUGGUUUGGAACAUUUGUGCGCGUCGAUGAGUAAAAUGCAUACUGUAUGUGUAGUACUUUAGAGUAGAUAAUAAUUAUACGAAACUCUAGUACCUAAUUUUAUAAACAAAAAUCAUGUUGUAUAUAUACUCUAUGCUAUAUAUAUAUAUAUUGUUAUCUGUAAAUCUUUAAAUA